UUCCUCAGACAUGUGCACACUCUGUGCACUCAGCAGUAGAUGCACGGACUGCUGCUUUCGCUCUUGUUUUGUUGCUCUCCUCAGCUUUCUUGUUUCAUAGCUGCUUUUGUCUUUUUCUCCGCUCUGUAAUUCUGCUCUGCACUUUUCUGCAGCCGGAUGUAAAGUCAGGUCUGAUUGGUGAGACGAGGACUUGUGAUAUCUCUGCCUGCACAUGAGAGGACAUAGGAGAAGAAGAUCUCCACAAUAAGAGGUUGGACUCGGACCAUGCCGGGCUUUGUGGUGCUGCUGCUGUCCCUGUUGGUCCUGUCCACAGGAAGUGAUGCCAGAAGAAUAAGAAAAAGAGGGCUCAGUCAGAAGGACUACGAGUACCCCAACCAUCCCCAGUCCACGCAGCACCAGAAGAAUGACCGGUGUCCACCGCCACCUCAGAUGCUGCCGGAGCGGGCCUGUGACGUCCCAGGAUGCCGCUCAGACUCCGAGUGUGAGCGUCACAAACGAUGCUGCUAUAACGGCUGCAUCUACGCCUGCCUGGAGUCCGUUCAGCCACCACCAGUGCUGGACUGGUUGGUACAGCCAAAGCCUCGGUGGUUAGGGGGAAACGGUUGGCUCCUGGAUGGUCCUGAGGAGGUUCUGCAAGCUGAAGCCUGCAGCACAACUGAGGAUGGAGACGAGCCCCUUCACUGUCCUACGGGAUACGAGUGCCACAUCAUCAACCCCGGAAACCCCGCAGCUGGCAUCCCAAACCGUGGACAGUGCAUCAAGCAGCGCAGCAGUUCUGAUGGGCGAGGUUUGAGACACAAGUACUUCAAGGACUACAAGGAUCAUUUAGGAUCUAGUUCUAACAACGCAGUGAGCUACGACAAACAUCAUCACAAACAUCUGGGAUAGAGCCCUCCUCAGGAGGACGUCAUCCUCACCUUUAACAGCACCUCAGACAUUUCACACCUGAACCAGAAUAAGACCUCCUCCGUUACUCGUCCUGUGAGAGACGGGUGUGGUGCUGUACCCACGAUUUACAACCAAAGAAAUGUGUUUUUACUUAAAAAUGACAAAGUCAUUAAAGUGCAUUGUGAGAGCAACCAGAGCCCUUUUUCUAGUUCCUUACAGUUUUCCUUUAGUCUCGUUUUUGUUCUCACAGACAGAGCUGCUCUCUAACCUUACAUCUGGUCAGCAGAGGAAACCACGUCCAUGUGGCCGUAACGCUUCCUUCAAAGCUCCGUCUCUCAAAUCUGCAAAGAGUUACGAAGACAGAAAUAUUCCAGCUGUGGGGUUGGAUCUCUGAUCAAAUCCAAACGUGAUUUCAUAUUUAAGGAGGAGAAAUAAUGCAUGGUGAACAUUUGUGUUGUGAGGGUUUUAAAACAUGUCGACCAGCUGUGGAUUCGUUCCAGCCAACAGAUGAAGCUGGAAAGAAUAAAAGUUUUACAAAAGACUGACAUUAAAUGUGUUUAGAAAGUCAGAAUUGUGAGUAUUUUCAUGUCUUAUAUUUCAGGGUGUGUUUGCCAAAGUGUUGAUAAAAACUCUGGAGAGCGGUGCAGAAAUAAAAAGUAAAAAUAAUUAUAUAUUACAGUGCAUAUUUUUAAGUACAUUUUGCACUAAUUUUCUAUUCGUAUCAGCCUUAGCUUGUUGUGUUCUUGUAUCACAGCUGAUGGUGCUAACGUUGUUUGCUGCCUAACAGAAGAGUAAGCUGAAGUAAAACUCGGUGCAGAACUCCGUCGGCGUGUGAAUGUCACUGACUGGUGCUGCGUUUCUGCCUUGGCUGUUUCCAAUAAACCUCAUGAUCAUGAUGCCA